AUGGAUCUGUUCAAAGUGAGGAAGUUCAGAAGAGCCCGCAAACCAGAGCUGGAGCAGGAAUCUGAAGGCAAGCCUGUUACUUCUCCUGAAGUGCCAAAGAAAGACAUCAAUGGCGGAGGUGGUGGUGAGGAAUUGAGUAAAACCAACAACGCCAAGUCGGUGGAUUUGGUAGAAGAGGCUGAGGAGGACGAAGACGAUGACUUCAUAACCAAUGAGGUAAAGAGGAGGUUGAAAGAACUGAGGAGGAACAGCUUCAUGGCGUUGAUCCCUGAAGAAGAUUCUUUUCCUGAACAGGAAGAAGAUGAUGAAGAAAAUGGCGGAGAGGCAGGGGACGCUAUCUGUGGAGAAUGGAGGGAUGUUGAAGCUGAAGGAAGGCAAUGGUGGGGUGGGUUUGAUGCUGUUUAUGAUAAAUACUGCGAUAGAAUGCUCUGCUUCGAUCGAUUGAGCAUUCUCCAGCUCAAUGAAAAUGGCUGCUGCACUAUGCCUGCUACUCCGUCUCCGAAAUCGUCAUCGAAGAAGUUACCAUCUCCCUUCCGUUGCCUAGCGUUGAAGAAAUUCGAAGACCCCGAAGAUGAAACGGAGCAUCUGCAGCAGCCUCAGAACGACCAGUACCAUGACCUCGAAACUGCAUAUGUAGCUCAAAUGUGCCUGACUUGGGAGGCACUUCACUGCCAGUACACUCAACUCAGUCAGCGGAUUUCGUGCCAACCCGAGAACCCCACUUCUUACAACCACAGUGCUCAGCAGUUUCAGCAAUUCCAAGUUCUGCUGCAACGGUUUAUCGAGAACGAGCCCUUUGAGCAAGGUUUUCGAGCAGAAGUAUUUGCCCGUUCGAGGAGGGUGUUACCUAGACUACUCCAAGCUCCAAAUGUGAAAGGCAAGCCCCAUUUUCUUUUCUUUGAGAAAAUGCAGAGAAGAAAUGUGAGAUGUUUAGAUGGGAAAGAUGCACGAGAGCUCGAUUCAGAUUCGGUGGUGCGUGCACAAGAUCUCAUUCGAGUUAUCGAGAGUGCAAUUCUAACCUUCCAACUUUUUGUCAAGAUGGACAAGAAGAAGUCGAACGCUGGCGGCAUCACAUUGUUUGGAAAUCAGAAUCAGAUUGCAACCCCGCUUCAAAUGAUCCAAUCUUCAAUCGACAAGAAGAAGGUGAGACUGAAGGAACUGUGCAAGAAGAGGAAAGGAUGGAAGAAGAAAACAUGGCCUCAGACGUACGAGGAUGUUCAGCUGUUGUUCGGCCUCGUUGACAUCAAAAUCGUAUCCAGGGUGCUUCGGAUGAUCCGGAUCAGCAAAGAACAGUUGAUUUGGUGCGAGGAUAAGAUGAAAAAACUGAAUUUAGCAGAUGGGAAGUUGCAGAGAGAUCCAUCUCCAAUCCUUUUCCCUUGCUAGUACUUACUAGUAGCUUAACUUGUUACGUGCCCACAUUAAGGAAAUGUAGGCUGGAGAAUGGAGAAUCGGUUUCUUUUUGUAUCGGUUAGCUGCUAGCUGCGGUUGAAAGCUGCAAAUCUUUCAUGUAAUGGGAAACGCUAAAAUGCUAACAGAGAAGCUCAUGUGUAGAUUGUUGGUCAUAGGAUGUGCAUCGUUAAAUCCCAGGUUUCAAGCUGUUGAAUCUUUAUGGGUUCCUUUUCGAGCGAGAUUUUAACAGAAAGGCCCGUUCUUCGCUCUCAACUUGAGCCCAAUUUUCUAUGAG